CUAGUGGUCAGUCAUCGCCCAGCAGCGAUUGAGUGUGCAGUCUUGUGCGUGGGUCUUGUUUUCUUCUGUUCCAAAUGAGUAACGUGUAUCGGCAUCUGUCUGUCGGUGGUCCGGGUACAAUCGGCCAUCCGGAGGAGAAGGUGCCACAGGUCGCCAUCGGUGCCGCCACCGCCACCGCCGCGUCCCUACCGAUGGACGAUCAUCCGCUGUUAGAACCGGAACUCGCCGGCAACUGGUUCCAGUUCCGGGGUAACCGUUCGGCAUGGCGCAACGGUUUGCGGUUGAUGCAGCUGGUGUACACCGUAGUAUCGCUGGCCUUCUGUAGGCCGCAGUACUACGAUAUCGCGCAAUGGGCGGCACUGCUCGUCCUGUGCCACUCGUUCGUCCUGUCCGCGCUGCUGUUGGUCGAUCAGCACACCCGUGGGCGCGUCGUGCGUCGUCUGCUACCCCGGCUGGACUGGGCGUCGAUCGAGCUACGCUAUACGGCCACCAUGACGCUGCUCCUGUACGCACUCUCGUACGGGUUGACGCUCUCCCACAAGGGCUACGGAUCGAACGUCUGGUGCAACUGGGUCUCGUACGUCUUCACGCUCAAGACGGCCCUGCUGUACGGUGCGGACACCUGGCUCCAGCUGCUCGCUACCUACGGUCCCGGACCGCACCACUAACAAAACGAACGAAUGUCGCGUCUAAAUAGAUGGAACUGUGUUCGCACGCUACGUCGCAAAAACAAAACGAAAAAGAAAAAAAAAACAAACGCCUCG